CUUAAUGAGCCUUGGGCCAAUAAACAGCUGUUCGACCAUUUGGAUUGUAAAUUCUAAUCAAUUUUUGCUUUGGGGCUUUUAUAUCAGUUUAGUUAUAAGAAAUAUGAAGAUUUAAUUUCGUUUUUAGCUAAGUGGAACAUGUCAAGCAUGGAGAGCAUUAACAGGAAGCAAUUGCGAAUAACAGAUUUAAAUUUAGAUUGCCUUCUCCGCAUUUUGGAUUACUGCAGCGAGCAGGAUUGUUUAAAUCUUUGCCGUGUCCAUCGGACAUUGCGCAAUGUAAUCGGACAAAAUAUUUUCUACAUGAAAACAUUAGAUUCCCUUAUGUGUGGGCAUCGCAAUUAUCCCAGAAUAUCGCAGAGAACCUAUAACUCCCUCUCGUAUGCUACACGUCUGAGUAUAGCGCGUAAUUGGCUACAAGGGCGUUAUCGGGAGUACGAAUACUAUCAUCAUGCACAAAUGUUUCCCACCAAGUUGCUGUUGGAACGUAAUUUACUAUAUGUGACUCACAUGGAUUAUUUGCGUGUGUAUGGACGCGCUAAUAAUGAGCCAUUACAACGGCGAUACCAACAAGAAAUUUCAUCUAGUUCACGUGGUGACAUUUCUAGCUUCACAAAGAAGCGAGAUACAAUAUUUGUUGGUCGUGUCACGGGAAAUUGCUACAUUUGGGAAGAUGGUUUUGCAAAUGAAUAUCAGUUGCAUAGCGCCAAGGAAUAUUUGCACUGUGUAGAUUUUGAGGAUGAUUUAUAUGUAACCAGCACGAAUGUAUGUGCCAAAUUGUGGCGUCGCACAAAUGAGUUGGGGCUGCUGGAUUUAGAACAAGUGGCAGAAUUGCCGCAAGAAUACAAAGUUUUAAAGCUAUCCGAAGGUGGUGAGCGUUUAUAUGGUGGGCUAUACACCGAGGCAGAUAGGCAGGCGUUGCGUGAAUAUGAUGUGGAAAGCGGCAAAGAAACGACACUUAACUCCAAUACACUCUCCAUUUACGACUUACUCAUUAAGGAUGAAAAUGUACUCUUCACCGGCAACUUCGAUACCACCUGCCGCAUGUAUGAUCGGCGAUCGCAUCGUGAUGAAGCUGUAUUCGAAGAUCCCUUCGAUUCAUCGUUUUAUUGUAUUGAAUAUGAUGGCUUGUAUGCACUUUUGUGUGGCGCAAAAUAUCACAGUCGUGUAAAUUUAUAUGAUAUACGCAUGCCAAACAAGUAUCAACAAUUAUACUUUCCACGACGCAGCAAAAGAGCGAAGCAUCCAUCAUCUCCUGUAUAUAGCAUAGCCUGUGAUAAUCGUUAUCUUUUAAUUGCAACCGAUCACAAUCUACGAGUUUUUGAUUUUAAGCAAAAUUAUGCAGAAUGUCGUGAUUAUCGUAAUAUAUUUAGUGACAAGCAACGUAUUCCUACACUUUAGUUAUGUAUUAUAAAAUCAACAGGUUAAUUACAGGCUACUCAUGGAAUAAGAGCACCGGGAAAUUAUGCUGCCUAGAAACUUUAGCGCUAUCGCUAGCGCUACCUGUAGGCUUUGUUAUUUGUUCCAAAUUGACCGAGUUCUUAGUACAUAUUUUUUAACCGACUUCACAAAAAAGAGAAGGUAAUAUUAUAUUUAUAUUUUUUU